AUGGAGCUGCCACCACAGCAGCUCCCACUGGAUGGCCCCCAGGCCCCGCUCGUGCUUCAGCUCAUUCCAAACUCUGCGCUCCCCGAAGGCUUCUACCCUCAAGGCCAAGCCAACCUGUGCCAACCUCUGCCAGCCUCUGCCAACCUCUGCCAACCUCUGCCAACCCUUGCCAACUGCCAGCAGCAGCCCUUCCCUGCAUCAUGGAUCCCCUGGAGAGCAUUGUCACCCUCGGACGAGCAGGAGCCACCAGCAGGGCUGCAGAGGGCUCCAUGUGGCUGCUUCUUCAACCCCCAGCACUUCUCUGUGCAGUGGACCGUGCCUAGACCACCUCCAGCAGACACCUGCACACCGGGCUUCAGUGCUGCUACUCUGCCAGGUGCUGCCAUGCUGGGGACUGGGUACUGCGGGACCCUCCUGGCCUGGGCAGCCCCCGGGACCCCCCAGGGCCCAGCACAACACCUUGCACCCCAGAACCAUCAGGGGACAGGAGCAGCGGCCCCAGUGCUGCCAGAGCCCAACCCUAGGAACACCCACAUCAACGGGGUGCCUGCAGGGAACAACGUCGCCAGCAUGAACACCUCCAUGGGGAUAGCCCCUGGUAAUAACAUCCCCACGGGCAGCAACGUCCUCCUCAACCGCUCUUCUAACCACCAGAAUCAAAGACUUGGUGAGCCAGAUGCAGACAUUGAAGUCACUGAGGAGAUGCUCCUCAAAGAGGCUCUAAGGCUCUUUGGUAUGUCUGAGGAGAUGGAGGCAGUCAUCCAGCAUGGUUCCAGCAGCGUCAUCAUGCCUGAGGACCAUGAUGACGCCAUCAGAAAGGCUAGAACGCUGGCCCCAGCUGCCCCAGACUUGCUGAAUUCCAUCCCCAGCAAUAAAUACAUCGACGGGGUGUCUGCACAGCCCAACACCCCCAGCACAGCCACCUCCGUGGGGACAACCUUGGGAAUUAACAUCCCCCCAGGAAACGAUGUCCCUCCAAGCAGCUUUUCUGACCCCCACCAUCAAGGCUUUGAAGACAUGAAUGACAACCUUGCACGUGACAAAGAGGUGCCUCUUGACGAGGCCCUGAGGUUCUUCGGUUGCUAUGAGGACACUGAGAGGGUCAUCCAGGAGGGUCCCAGCAGCAGCCGCAUACCUGAGGACCCUGGUGGCACAGACACAGACAUCUCCCUCUGCGACUUCACCUCGCUCUCACUGCCAGAUGAGCUGCUCACCUGUGACUACGAUGUCAAUGAGAUAGCCAAAGACAUCCAGAGCCUUGAAGACAUCGUCGAUACUGGAAAGUACCCCCAUGAGUUCUGGGCUGAUGUGGGGAUGGACCUGGAACCAUCCCAGCCUGACGGUGCAGAGUACUGGGGGAUAAAGUAGGGGCUGAGAACCUCACCCAAGCAACACAGCAAGUGCAGCGCUUGCUGGUUGACUUAACGAGUCUUUUUCUCUUAUUUUUCCAUUAAAAUCCAUUU